AGUGGGCUCCCAAAACCAAUCCGAACUACUUCCGAGCAAGAUGAAGACUUCACUGGCUUGUCUGGGAAUUUUCGUGGUAGUCCUCUGCAGUCUGAAGACCACUUUGGCUUCGCCUAUAGAUGAUCUCUGCUCAUCUGGUAUCUUUCGAAACACCCCCGGGUGCAUAGCUUACUCCUAUUGGCAGAAAAUCACUGGGGCGAACAGCGGAUCGGGCUCCGGGAAUGGAACAGAAGCUGUGCCCGCAGGAUCCGCUCCAGGAGGAGCUUCCCAAGCUGGCACAAAUGCAGCUGCUGCGGCUGCUGCUGCCUUGCCUGCUGCAGCUGCCGCCCCCGCUGCCACCCGCACGCUAAGGCCCCUUCCCCUUGACAUCCCCGUGCCUCUUGAAAGACCCAUUCUUUAGCUUGAGGCUCUCCAGUGACGUUUAGCCCUGCACUUUGGUAUGCCAGUCGACUAAAUAUAUUAUCCUGAUCAUUGCAAAAA